AUGCUCUUCCUCAGCCGCCGUGCCCAAACUCUCAAAACCCUACCUUCCUCCUCCUCCUCCACACAGACCCGUACCUACGUCGAUGUCUACAUGAAAUGGAAGAAAGAUCAUUACUUUGACAACAUCGAACACAUCCUCCGUUCCCCUCAGCUCAAAUCCGUCAUCGCUCUCAAGAACUGUAUCACCAACGACCCCAACAACUCCAUCCCAAUCUCCUCCAUCUCCAAGAAGACUCACCAAUUCGACCUAUCAUCCAAAGUCACAAAGUUCUUACGGCAGUUUCCUUCAAUCUUCGAGGAGUUCGUUGGCCCAGAGCACAACCUCCCCUGGUUUAGGUUGACGCCAGAAGCCGCAGAGCUCGAUAGGGUUGAGAGGCGUGUUUAUCAAGACUCGGCUGAUGAUUUGAAUGGUCGGUUGAGGAAGUUGAUUCUGAUGAGUAAAGAUAAUGUCUUGCCCUUGAGUAUUGUUCAAGGGAUGAAAUGGUAUCUUGGUUUGAGUGAUGAUUACUUGAUGAGUCUUGAUUCUUCGUUCAGGUUUGUUGAUUUGGAAGAUGGUGUAAAGGGUUUAUCUGUGGUGUGUAGUGAUGGAGAAAAGGUUCUGUCUUUCUUACAGAGGAACACGAUCAAGAACAGAGGAGUGCUCUGUUCUGAAACAGAGUUUCCUCUGUUUCCAUCGAAAGGUUGUAGAUUGAGAGUCAAAAUCGAAGACUGGUUAAAGGGGUUUCAACGGCUUCCUUACGUAUCACCGUACGAUGAUUACUCUCGUUUGGAUCCGAGCAGUGAUGUAGCUGAGAAGAGAGUUGUUGGGUUUCUUCAUGAACUGCUCUGCCUCUUUGUGGAUCAUUCAGCUGAGAGGAAGAAGCUUUUGUGCCUCAAGAAGUGGUUUGGGUUGCCUCAGAAGGUUCACAAGGCCUUUGAGAGGCAUCCGCACAUCUUUUACUUGUCUAUGAAGAACAAGACUUGUACAGCUAUUCUUAGAGAGCCUUAUAGAGAUAAAGAUAGUGUGGAGCCACAUCCUGUGUUGGCUGUGAGGAAGAAGUAUAUUCAGUUGAUGAAGAGUUCGGAGUUGAUUCUCAAGAGUAGAAGGACUAGUUGCAGGUUUUCAAAUGAUGGUAUUGUAGAGAAAGAUUUGGAUUUGGAUUUUGAUGGCUAA